AUAGAAAUCACUUUGUCCUACCAUAAAUGGCUGCAUGCUUCCUGGAAGGAUCCUUUCAUUAAACGAGAUGUGCGCCCUUUCCUUCUGCUGACGGCUGCCUGGCCAACUCCUUACAUAGCAGAAACCGCACAAAGUUCUUGCGCAUACUUGGACUCCACGUCGCCUCUUUGGUUUCCUUCCUUCUUUAACGCUUCUCUCCCCACCCACAGGGACAACCUUUAGCUGCUGCUUCUUGGGUUUCUUUCUUUUUUUAUUGCGUAGAAGUUGAUUGUGGAUGUCUGAAGUUCUUGAUCUUGCAAUCAACUCUCUUUUUGGCUUUGGUUUCUUUGAUUGAUUUCUGCUUUCUUUUUCAUAGUCUUUGUUAAUCGAUUUUCAUGUGUUCUUACUUUUAGAAAAAUUUUAGACUUUCUUUGCUGCAAGAAAUUCCUGUCAUCUUCAGAUAUUCAAAGGUUCUUGGUCAUAAAUUGUACUGGAUUCUGCUUGAAAGCUUGAAUCUUUUCCUUCGUUUAACUCAGAAUUGAUCUCUUGGAGCUAUUCUCGGUGGGUUUGACUUUUAGGCGUAGAUAGUUGAUCAUGGAUCCUAGACCCACAGUGGGUUCCAUAAUUGAUGAACAAUCCUUCUUUCCGAACUCCGAUGGAUACCCAGAUAAUGAAAGUGGAUUUAAAUUUGAUAGCCCUUACUCUGAUCUUAAUUUCAUGAAUAUUCCUUCUGAUCCCCCUGAUCCUGUUGCAAAUGAUUUGGGUCUGUCCUUUGCCUUUAGUCCUGGGGGAGAGUCAUUUAUCCCAGCGUUUAGUCCAGGCGGAGAAUCCUUUGAACCGUCCCCUGGCUGGAGUCCGGAGGGAGUUUCUUCUUCCUCUAAUGAUAGUGAUUCUUCAGAUCCAGUAUUCAAAUACAUAAGCCAAAUGCUUAUGGAAGAGAACAUGGAAGACAAACCCCCCAUGUUUUAUGAUCCUCUUGCUCUGAAAGCCACAGAGAAGUCAUUGUAUGAUGUGCUUGGUGAGGAAUAUCCUUCCUCCCUCAAGUCCCCCCAGUUCCAUAUCAACCAUGAGGGUCCUGACAGCAAUCUUUCUGGUAGUGGUGGUGAUUAUGGUGGUAUGACUAGCACUAGCAGUAGCACUAGCGCUAACACCGGUACCGGCACCGGGACCAGAGAUUUUGUUGAUCCCCAGUUGGUUGGUUAUUUUGGAGAAUCAAAUUCAAUUUUGUUUCAAACAGAUGUUCCAUAUGACUACCAUUUGCAGUCCAAUUCACAGUCGACUUCUCAAUUUUUGGGGAAUCCUUCAAAUGGUCUGUCUGAUUUUGGCAAUGGGCUUAUGGGUUCUUCUGCGAGUGAGAUGGUGCAGAAUAUUUUUAGUGAGACAGAAUCUGUGCUGCAGUUUAAGAGAGGUUUAGAGGAAGCUAGUAAAUUCCUUCCUAAAGCUAGUCAACUAGUUGUUGAUUUAGAGAGUAAUGUAUUUGCCGCUGGGCAAAAGGAAGAGGCUCCAUUGGUUAUAGUGAAGGAGGAGAAAAUUGAGAGGGCGAGCUCACCAAAUGGCUCAAGGGGUAGGAAGAAUCACGAACGAGAGGAUUCAGAUUUAGAACAAGGGAGGAGUAGCAAGCAGUCUGCGGUGUAUGAGGAAGAGAGUGAACUAUCUGAAAUGUUCGAUAAGGUAUUGCUUUGGCCUUUGUUGAAAGGUAAACAAGGGUGCUGUGGCCCUGAAGUCAAGCAGGAUGGAGCAAGCCAGAUCCCAAAGCAAGAUGAAAAAUCAAACAGAUCAAAUGGUGGAAAGUCUCGUGCUAAAAAACAGGACAAGAAAAAGGAAACAGUGGAUUUGAGGAGUCUACUGAUUCUCUGCGCACAAGCUGUCUCUGCAAAUGACUUCAGAACUGCUAAUGAGCUCCUGAAACAGGUUAGGGAGCACUCUUCCCCUCUGGGUGAUGGGUCGCAGAGAUUGGCACAUUACUUUGCCAAUGGUCUUGAGGCACGCUUGGCUGGCAGCUGGACUGGAAUGCAAAACUUUUAUACUUCUAUUGCUGCAAGGAGGAUGACUGCUGCUGAUAUGUUGAAAUCUUACAAAACUCAUCUUCAUGCGUGCCCAUUUAAGAAGCUCUCAAUACUAUUUGCAAACAAAAUGAUUUUGCAUGCAGCAGAAAAGGCAACAACUCUUCAUAUUGUAGAUUUUGGCGUCCUGUAUGGUUUCCAGUGGCCAAUUCUUAUUCAGCUGCUCUCAAUGAGGUCUGGUGGGCCUCCCAAGCUACGCAUUACAGGGAUAGAGCUGCCCCAACAGGGUUUCCGGCCAGCAGAAAGAGUUGAGGAGACAGGACGUCGCUUGGCAAAGUAUUGUGAGCGCUUUAGUGUUCCAUUUGAGUACAAUUCUAUUACUUCUCAGAACUGGGAAAAUAUCACAAUUGAGGACCUCAAGAUUAAUAGCAAUGAGGUGCUUGCUGUGAAUUGUUUGGGCAGGUUUAAGAAUCUACUUGAUGAGACAUUUGAAGUGAACUGUCCGAGGAAUGCUGUUCUUAACUUAAUCCGGAAGAUAAAACCCAAUAUUUUUGUUCAUUGUAUCAUUAAUGGAUCCUACAAUGCUCCGUUCUUCGUCACAAGGUUCCGGGAGGCACUUUUCCACUUCUCCUCUCUGUUUGAUAUGUUUGAUUCUACCAUACCUCGUGAAGAUCAAGAGAGAUUGAUGUUUGAGAGAGAGUUUUAUGGGAGAGAGGCCAUGAAUGUUGUAGCAUGUGAGGGCAUGGAAAGGGUAGAGAGGCCUGAAACCUACAAGCAGUGGCAGCUUCGGAUUACAAGGGCAGGGUUUAAGCAGCUCCCUUUGGACCAGGAGGUCAUAGAAAAGUGUAGGGAUAAGAUGAAGACGUGGUACCACAAGGAUUUUGUAAUUGAUCAAGACAGCAACUGGAUGCUGCAGGGAUGGAAGGGUCGAAUUAUCUAUGCUUCCAGCUGUUGGGUGCCUGCAUAAGAGUUGUUGGUUGCAUCUCCUUUGAAGUUGUAAUGGAAAACUACAAAUUUUUUCUUGAACUGGGUAGGCAUGGAUGAUUACAAAUUUGGGAAAAGAUGCUCCGGUACUACCUGCCUUUACAGAAGACCAUAUACAGAUGAAGAAUUCUCAUAUUAAAGCAUAUUAACUUUGCUUACAAUUAGUACAUUUGAUGGUUGGAGGCCUGUUGAUCAUGGUAUGAAAUACAAAGUGCCUAUAUCCUGCACAUGAAUGCCUUUUGUGAGCAUUGAUAAAGCCAGAAACCGUCCUUUUUGGGAAGACUGUAAUAUAGAUCAAUAGUGGCUACUGGCUCUUUUUUUGGAAAUUUUAUAAUCAAAUUAUGGGUUUUCUUUCUUGAUGAUUUUGCAGUUAGUAUGGUGACCUUAGUGAGGUGCUGAACCUGGGUUCUUGCAUGAAACUGUUUCCGGGACUUCGGAUGUAUCUUUAUGUGAUGUAUCAAAUUAAAUAGCUUGUGAAACUUGCGGUUUUAAUUUACUGCAGAUUAAUUGAUGGUACUAUUGCUGUA